GGCAAAGACUAGUCUUAUCAGCUUGAAUUCAAAGAAUAAAAUUGACCACCAGAAAAUAUCGACCGCCCCACACCGAAUCAUAUAAAAGCAAAAUCGGAUUUCGUUCGAAAGUAUUCUCUCCCGUACUCUGAAGUUCACGCGAUCUCCAUUAUUGAUUAAGCUUUGAAGUGAACUGUGGAUCAUCUGUAGAGCAAAAAAUGCAGGCAUCAAGGGCAAGGCUUUUUAAGGAAUACAAAGAAGUUCAGAGAGAGAAAGUAGCUGAUCCUGAUAUUCAACUCGUUUGUGAUGAUUCAAACAUAUUUAAAUGGACAGCUCUUAUAAAGGGGCCGUCAGAAACUCCUUUCGAAGGUGGAGUUUUCCAGUUGGCAUUAUCUGUUCCUGAACAAUAUCCUUUGCAGCCUCCUCAAGUCCGGUUUUUAACCAAAAUUUUCCAUCCAAAUGUACAUUUUAAGACUGGUGAAAUUUGCCUUGAUAUCUUGAAGAACGCAUGGAGUCCAGCUUGGACACUUCAAUCUGUUUGUCGGGCUAUAAUCGCCUUGAUGGCCCAUCCAGAACCUGAUAGUCCACUCAACUGUGAUUCUGGCAAUCUUCUUCGCUCUGGUGAUAUCAGAGGAUACCAGUCAAUGGCAAGGAUGUAUACCAGACUUGCUGCCAUGCCUAAGAAAGGGUGAAGGGAUGAGUCAUUAUCUUCGUGCAGUAUAUGUAUAAUCAGAUAUAUCGAUUAUCUGCUUGCUCUUGGAUCUAUUUAGCUUGUUACGAUUCUAUGCUUGAAACUUGUCUAUUAAUACUACAAAAGGAGAAUCAUAUUUUCUCUUGUAUAGAUUCUUUAAACAGAUAUGAUCAAACCUUAAUCUUAGGUGUAUGCAGAAUUGGUCUUAGAUUUUAAGUGUCCUGUAAGAAAAUUUA